AUGGCGGGGCCGCCUUCUCGAGGCGGAUGCGGCUCCUGGAAGCUGGCCACCGAGCUCACGCCGCGAGGCCCAGGCCUGCCCCUGGACCCCGGAGCCUCAGCGCAGCCGGGCGCCGACGGGGCCACCGGGCAGAGAGCUGCAGGGAUGCCCCAAGGGGUCUCCUUGGUCCUGCUGCUUUUCCUGCUGCUGCCACUGGGCCCGACUUGGCACGCGGCCGCCCAGCGCUGCCCACAGACCUGCGUCUGCGACAACUCCAGGCGGCACGUGGUCUGCCGGCACCAGAACCUCACCGAGGUGCCCCACGCUGUUCCCGAGCUGACCCAGCGGCUGGACCUGCAGGGCAACGUGCUCAAGGAGGUCGCCCCCGCUGCCUUUCGGGACCUGCCUCACUUGACCCACCUGGACCUGCGGCACUGCCAGGUGGAGCGGGUAGCUGAGGGCGCCUUCCGUGGCCUGGGCCGCCUGCUCUUCCUCAACCUGGCCUCCAACCGCCUGAGCGCGCUGCCCCAGGAGGCGCUGGACGGGCUGGGCUCGCUGCGGCGGCUGGACCUGCAGGGGAACACGCUGGAGGAGCUGCGGCCUGGGGCGUUUGGGGCCCUGGGGGCACUGGCCACACUCAACCUGGCCUACAAUGCCCUCGUCUACCUGCCCCCCAUGGCCUUCCAGGGGCUGGUGCGCACCCGCUGGCUGCAGCUGUCCCACAACGCGCUCAGCGUGCUGGCCCCCGAGGCCCUGGCCGGCCUGCCCGCGCUGCGCCGUCUCAGCCUGCACCACAACGAGCUGCAGGCCCUGCCCGGGCAGGCCCUGUCCCAGGCCCGCAGCCUGGCCCGCCUGGAGCUGGGCCACAACCCAUUCACCUACGCGGGGGAGGAGGACGGGCUGGCGCUGCCCGGCCUGCGGCAGCUGAUGCUGGACCACGGGGCUCUGCAGGCCCUGGACCCCAGGGCUUUUGCUCACUGCCCACGCCUGCACACCCUGGACCUCCGCGGAAACCAGCUGGACGCCCUGCCGCCGCUGCAGGGCCCGGGGCAGCUGCGCCGGCUGCGGCUGCAGGGGAACCCGCUGCGGUGCGGGUGCCAGGCCCGGCCGCUGCUGGAGUGGCUGGCGCGAGCGCGCGUGCGCUCGGACGGCGCCUGCAGGGGGCCCCCCCGCCUGCGAGGAGAAGCCCUGGACGCCCUGCGGCCCUCAGAUCUGCGCUGCCCAGCAGACCCGGCGGAGGAGGAGGAGGAGGAGGGAGAGCGGGCGGCCCCGAGCUGCGAGAGCCGAGGCCUGCGGGCCGUGCCCCGCGGCUUCCCCAGCGACACCCAGCUCCUGGACCUGAGGCAGAACCACUUCCCCCUGGUGCCGCGAGCGGCCUUCCCGGGCCUGGGCCAGCUGGUGUCACUGCACCUGCAGCACUGCCACAUCGCGGGGCUGGAGGAGGGCGCCCUGGCAGGGCUGGGCGGCCUGCUCUACCUCUACCUCUCCGACAACCAGCUCUCGGGCCUCAGCGCCGCCGCCCUGGAAGGGGCCCCCCGCCUGGGCUACCUGUACCUGGAGCGCAACCGCUUCCUGCAGGUGCCCGGUGCCGCCCUGCGCGCCCUGCCUCGCCUCUUCUCCCUGCACCUGCAGGGUAACGCGGUGGGCCACCUGGCACCUGGGGACCUGGCAGGCAUGCAGGCCUUGCGCUGGCUCUACCUGAGUGGGAACCGCGUCACCCAGGUGUCCCCAGGGGCGCUGGGCCCAGCUCCGGAGCUGGAGAAGCUGCACCUGGACAGGAACCAGCUGCAAGAGGUGCCCACUGGGGCCUUGGAGGGGCUGCCUGCCCUCCUGGAGCUGCAGCUCUCGGGGAACCCGCUCAGGGCCCUGCGGGACGGGGCCUUCCGGCCUGUGGGCCGGUCACUGCAGCAGCUGUUCCUGAACAGCAGUGGCCUGGAGCAGAUUUCUCCUGGGGCCUUCUCGGGCCUGGGGCCCCGGCUGCGGAGCCUACACCUGCAGAAGAACCAGCUGCAGACCCUGCCGGCCCUGCCCGGCCUCAGCCAGCUGGAGCUGGUCGACCUCAGUGGCAACCCCUUCCGCUGUGACUGCGAGCUGCUCCCACUCCACAGGUGGCUCACGGGGCUGAACCUGCGCGUGGGGGCCACCUGUGCCGCCCCUCCCAGCGCCCGGGGCCAGCAGGUGAAGGCUGCAGCCGCUGUCUUUGACGCCUGUCCGGGCUCGGCUGCCGGGAAGGCCAAGCAGACGCCCAGUGCCAGGAGAACCCGCGUGGAGGGCAGGCGCAGGAGACCAGGCCGAGCCCUCCGAACUGACCGGAAACCGGCUCCCCGGGCCGCGCUCCCCAUCCCCGGGCAGCACCGAGCAGCCCAGACCCGGAGCAAACAGCGUGCGGCGCGGCAAGCACAGGCCACGCCCCCGACGGACCGGCUCACGGGGCCGCUGGACUCCGGCCAAGCGCGGCUGCGCCCCGAGACCCCGUCUGCCCACCCGGCGGCGCGGUCCUAG